AUGACUCAACUUGAGAUAAUCGAAGACUGUUUCAUUAAACAAUUUUACGAAAACAGCCUACCAAGUGGCAAAUUUCAAAUCUGUUAUAAGGGUUCCUGUUGGAAUGUUGAGGUGUCUAAGGUUGAUACGAACUUUGUAUUUGCUAGAGGAUGGCCGGAAAUGUGUAAAGAUGUUGGAAUACUGGAGGAUGAUUUGCUUGUGUUUAGCAGAAUUGAUGAUGUUGUUUUUGACAUAGUAGUUUAUAGUGAUGAGACUGAGAUUUGCUUUUCGAAGAAACCUGAAUCUGAUGAUGAUAGUGUGCUUGAGAUAUCGAAGGCUGUUUAUGUUGAGAAUGUAUUCAAGGACAUCUAUGAGGAUGAAGAAAUUGUGUCUGUAGGUGAAGGAAGAACCGUUACUCAGAAGAAGUUACGAACGAAUGCCGAAUGCACGUCGAAGAGACGCAUGUCUUCACGAUUGAAUAAAACAGAAGAUGUUAAGAAGAAAGGUAAAGUUACUUCUGAGAGAAAGGAGACGGUCAAAAAUAUGACUAAGGGAAAUGCUGCCUUACCUGUCGACACAAGUGAUCAUAUUGGAUGUUCUUCAUCUGCUCAAAAAGUUAAGCGUCUUCCUGUUGAAGUUGUCAGACGAGCAGGUCUUUCUGUUGAUCUUCAUCCUUUGAAAGUUCAAAACAUGGUUGGAGUUGUGGAGGUUUAUGAUGUUAAGUCGGAGUUAAAUGAUUUGAAGCCACGUUAUGCGUUGGACGGUUGGCGAAAGUUUAUGACUGAGAAUAAGUUGAGGUUUGGUGAUAUGUUGUACUUCACAUACGUGUCUUCGGAACAGAAAAUCGUAUUAAAUCAAGUUACCUCAGUUUAA